UGAAAUAAUUUUUUUAUUUCAGAACAUAUUUUGUUUGACAGAGAGAAAUCAUGGUUGAUCGACUUGUUAAUACUGAAUCAAAUGCCAGAAGAAUUGCUAUGGUGGAAAACUGCUUUGGCAGUUCAGGCGUUCCACUUGGUGUACCUGGCAGAGUACUGGUUGGUGAAGGUGUCUUGACUAAAAUGUGCAGAAAAAAACCAAAAUCAAGACAAUUUUUUCUAUUUAAUGACAUACUUGUUUAUGGAAAUAUAGUUAUUAAUAAAAAAAAGUACAACAAACAACAUAUUAUUCCGCUUGAAGAGGUCAAAUUGGAAUCAUUACAAGACGAUGCACAAUGUCGGAAUGGUUGGCUUAUUAAAACAGUAACAAAAUCAUUUGCUGUACAUGCUGCAACAUCAACAGAAAAACAAGAAUGGAUGGCACAUAUAACUAAAUGCAUAGAAGAUCUUUUAAGAAAAAGCGGUAAAAAACCAGUGGAAACACAUGCUGCUGUCUGGGUGCCUGAUAAUGAGGCAAACAUUUGCAUGCAUUGUAAAAAAUCUCAAUUUACAGUUCUCAAUAGAAGGCAUCAUUGUCGACAAUGUGGAACAGUUGUUUGUGGACCAUGCAGUAAUAAAAAAUUGUUUUUACCUGGACAAGGAAAUGGUAAAGCUGUACGUGUUUGUCUACAGUGUUAUGAUACAGCAAGUAAAGUUAAAGUAUCAUCACCAACUGGUGUCAACAAUAAUUCAGAACAACGUAAUUCAGCAGAUAGCUCAGGUGGUGAUAGUUCUGGUGACGAUGAUGAUGCUGCUGCUAAUAAGGAAGAAACACAUGACGAACCAAAAUUCUACUCGACUCUUUUACAACGAUGAUUUUUACAAAAAUUAAAAUGAUAACGAAAAAAAUUGAAUAAUCAAUGACGAUAAUUAUUUGAAGAAAUUAAAUUAAUCAGGUUAAAUAUUAUUGAGUAAAUAACAGGAUACAAUUUACAUUAAUACAUACAUAUAUAUAUAAUUGACAGAAAAAAAAAGGAAAAACUAAUUAUUAUCAACAAAAAAUUGAUGAUAUUUUUACUCAGCAUAAAAUUAAUUAACUAUUAGUAUUUUAUUCGCAGUAUUUUUAAUUUGCGAAUAAGUCAGAUAUAUUAUUUUUUUUCUCUAUUGUUAAUAAUGUAAAAAUAUUAACCAUCAGUUAUCAAAUUAUUUUUUUGAUUAUUUUCUUUUAAAUAAUUUAAUAAUGUCAAUAUUCAACUGAAUUUUUAAUCAUAUUUUCUUGAAAUUUGAUUUAUAGAUUUUUAAUUAUUAAUGUCAUUAUUUGUCAUAUUUAUUUUGUUUUUAAUUUCAACUGCUUUAUUGAGCUUUUUUUUUUGUUCUUAAACAAAUCACUAUUUUAAUAAUAUUUUGACUUAUUAUUUUUUCUUUUUUGAAUAUUAAUAUGUAAAAAAAAAUACGCCAAUUCGUGCCUUUGAGUCACAAAAAAAAUAAAUAAAUUGCACAGAUAAUUUAAAUUAUGGAAAAAUAAAAGUGACAAAAUCGAGAUAGAAUUUUUAUACAAUAAACUAAUUUUUCAUUAAAAUUUGAAAUGUAGUUAUUAUUAUUAUAUUUUUGUUAAUAUAAAAAUACAUUGAAAUCGAAAAAGAUAUUUUUUAAAUUUAAGCCUAUUAGCAGUCAAUAGUAAAAAUAAAAAAUACAAAAAACUUGGCAAUGAGAUAAAAAAAAAUUAAUUAAUCAAAAAAACUGUAAAAUUUUUGCAAUGAUUUAUAUUGUUAUAAAAAAAUAUUGCAGACAUUUACAUCUGUGUAUAAUUUUAUAGAUCUAAGCUAUAUUAAAUAUUAUAAAAUUGAAUUGUACCUUUAUUUUAUUUUAUUUUUUAAAUAAAAAAUAAAGCCACGUGCUAAAUAAAUAUCAAUUAAAAUGUAUAAAA